GUCACGAGACCAAACCAAACCAAACCAACCGCGGACAGAGAGAGAGAGAGAAACACAACGAGAAAGGAAAAAAAAGCCCCAAAUUCUGAAGCUAAACCCUAAUCGCGUUUAGCUUCAAAUCUUCUCGUUUCUCUCUUUGUCGCCAUUUUUAUCCCCGAAAACUCUAAAUACCAGCUUCAAAUCUUCUCACUCAGCUUUCUCCGUCCGUCAGAUUACCCCAGAGUCCCAGACGCUUCCUUGUAAUUUCUAAAUCGAGUCAUACAACCAAAGGAUGGUGUUCUGGGUUUUUGGAUAUGGUUCACUUGUGUGGAACCCUGGUUUCGAGUACGACGAGAAAGUGAUAGGUUUCAUCAAGGACUACAAGCGUGUUUUCGAUCUUGCUUGCAUUGAUCAUCGGGGUACACCUGAGCACCCUGCAAGAACUUGCACAUUGGAACACCAAGAAGGGGCUAUUUGCUGGGGUGCUGCUUACUCUGUGCGUGGCGGCCCUGAAAAGGAAAGACUUGCUAUGGAGUACUUGGAAAAGAGAGAAUGCGAAUAUGAUGCAAAGACUCUUGUGAACUUUUACAAGGAAGGGGACUUCUCUGAUGAGCCUUCUUUGACAGGAGUCAUUGUUUUCACAUCUACUCCAGACAAAGAAUCAAACAAGUAUUACUUGGGUCCUGCUCCACUGGAGGAUAUGGCAAGACAAAUUGCAACUGCUUCUGGGCCAUGUGGAAACAACAGAGAGUACUUAUUUCUGCUGGAAAAGGCUAUGUUUGAUAUUGGCCAUGAAGAGGAUUAUAUUAUAGAGCUUGCAAAUGAGGUGAGGAAUGUACUUGGAAUUGUUGGGAAGGGAAUUCCAAAGGAUAAGAAGUUGACUGGACCUACCCACAUCCCACUCAAGUCCCACAUCCCAGUCAUUCACUUGCAUCCUCUUCCUGAAGCCAUUGCCAUGGACUCAUAGUCUCGUGACAUCUAAGAGUUAAGGAAAGAAGAUCAGUCAAGUUGAGGAGUUGAGGAGCCUGUGCCCAGGGUCGAUCAGUUUUAUCUUUAGUUUGAUUUCACAGCAGACGGCCUUUCCGUUUGAUAAUCAGGGAAUCCAUCUAACCUCAUAGGUAUUAGGUUUGAGGUGCGGCAGAAGCUUUGGUUUGGAAUUGUCAGGAAUGAGGAUCACUAACAACUGUUGUUCUUUUAUGUUUCUUUCUUUUUCAAACGAUAUGCAAAUGUAACAGUCUCGAUGAGUUUAAUUUACAGAACGUUUCAAUGAAAUUUAGUUUCUUCCAUUUAU